CUAGUCGAUCUUCACACAAGUUUUCUUAAUCUUUUUCAGAUAAUGAAUCUUUUAGGAAAAUUCCUGCUAAGUGCAGCUCUAUGCUUGAGUAUCAGCGAGGCGUAUAAAAUUCUGGUGGUGUUUCCUCUACCAGGCCCGAGCCACGGCAUCCUGGGAGAUGGCGUGGUGCGGCAUCUGCUGAAUGCUGGACAUGAGGUCACUUACGUCACUCCUUUCCCGAAAGACAGCAAGAAUCCGAAGUUGAAGCAGAUAGAUGUCUCAGUCGACGAUGCAGCCAUGCCUAAGAUGAACCUCAAGGACAUAUUGAACAAGGAGCAGAGCGCGUUUGAUCCGAACAAAUUCUUCGAUUUCACCAUUGGGACGCAUCAGAGGACUAUACAGAAUGAGAACAUGCAGAAGAUACUGAAUGAUCCUCAACAGACCUUCGACGUGGUGGUGGCUGAGUGGAUGGUGUGCGAACUCUACACUGGGCUCGCGGCUUUCUACGGCUGUCCCUUCAUCUGGGUAUCAACCGUUGAGCCUCACUCUACAAUCCUGUCAUUGAUCGAUGACAGCUUGAACCCAGCUUACAACCCUGGCCUAUUCUCCACUACUAUUCCUCCAUACAACUUUGUGGAGCGCGCGAAGGAAUUGUUACUGUCCGUCGCAAAUGUUGUGUUGAAAGAUGUGGUCUUAGUCAGAUAUUACGAGCAAGCAGCGUACGACGAAUUGUACGUACCUCUUUUGAAGAAGAAGGGCCGUCUUGUCCUCACAUACGAAGAAGUGAGGUACAACGUGUCGCUGGUUUUGGGCAACUCGCACGUAUCCUUGGGCCAGGCCACCAGGCUGCCGCAGAACUACAAACCCAUUGGUGGAUAUCAUAUUGACACUAAUUUCAAACCGCUACCCGAGGAUCUAAAAAAUCUGCUAGAUAAUGCUAAAAAUGGCGUAAUAUACUUCAGCAUGGGAUCCAAUAUAAAGAGUAAGGACAUGCCAGAGGAACUCAAGAGGAGUCUCCUCAAAAUGUUUUCUGGACUCAAGCAGACGGUCUUGUGGAAGUUCGAAGAAGUCCUGACAGAUUUGCCCAAAAAUGUGCACAUAGUGAAAUGGGCGCCGCAGCCUGCCAUCCUUUCGCAUCCAAACUGCAUCCUCUUUAUAACGCACGGUGGUCUUCUUUCGUACACUGAAGCAGUCCAUUUCGGGAAGCCCACAGUUGGGAUUCCAGUAUUCGCCGAUCAGUUCCUCAACGUGGAGCGAAUUGGGAAAAAAGGCUUGGGGAAGAGAGUAGACCUUUCUUAUACAAUGGCUGAUGAUUUGAAGAUCGCUAUUAACGAUGUCCUUUCCAAUCCAAGCUACAUGACCAAAGCGAAGGAGCUGUCUCUAAUCUACCACGACCGUCCAACGCCCCCUGGCGGCGAGCUAGUGCACUGGGUGGAGCACGUCAUCAAGACUGGUGGCGCCCCCCAUCUGAGGUCACCUGCUUUAAACGUGCCCUUCUACCAGAAAAUGUACCUGGACUUAGCAGCCUUAGUAGUUGUAGUUAUUAUUGCCCUUAAAUUAAUUGUGAAGCGUCUGUGCAAUAGUUGUAGGAAAAAGAAAGUAAGCAGUGAGAAGAAGAAUAAGUGAUAAUUAUAUUUACAUAUUCGUGAUAUUCGUAUGAUGGUGAUAUUGUGAAAAGAUUAAAUUAUUGUACAAUAAAUAAUGUAAGAUAUUGUUGUUUACAAAAUAAACUGUUUUAUUGUU